CUCUGGUCCCAGAGAGACACGAAAUUCUGCUAUGUGAAGUCCCAUUGCAGGGAGCUACCUGAGGAAGAAGCAGGACCCUGACUCUUCUGAAGAAAAUGGCUGCUCCCCUGGAGGCCUCUGAGGAGCGAGUUUCUGAGUUUGAUUACAAUUUUCUCCCUGAGCUCUCUGCUCUUCUUGAUAUGGACGUGGGUCAGCUUGUAAGGAGUCAAGAAGAAGAAGAGCAUAAGUUACGAAAGAAAAUGAAGAAAGGUUUUAACUCACAGAUGCACAAUGAAGCCAAACGAUUAAAGACUUUUGUGACCUAUGACACAUUCAGUUCAUGGACGCCACAGGAGAUGGCAGCCGCUGGGUUUUACUAUACCGGGGUGAAGCAUGGUGUUCAGUGCUUCUGCUGUAGUUUAAUCCUCUUUGGUACCAGCCUAAGGAAAACUCCCAUAGAAAACCACCAAAGAUGGCGUCCAGAAUGUGCGUUCCUUUUGGGCAAAGAUGUUGGGAACAUUGGCAAGUAUGACAUAAGGGUGAAGAGUCCAGAGAAGCUGAGGGGCAGCAAAGCAAGAUACCAAGAAGAGGAGGCCAGACUAGAGUCCUUUGAGAACUGGCCGUUCUAUGCCCAUGGGACAUCGCCACGUGUGCUCUCAGCAGCUGGCUUCGUCUUUACAGGUAAAAGGGACACCGUGCAGUGUUUCUCCUGCGCUGGAUGCUUGGGAAACUGGGAAGAAGGAGACGAUCCUUGGAAGGAGCAUGCCAAGUGGUUCCCCAAGUGUGAAUUUCUUCGAAGUAAGAAAUCCUCAGAGGAAAUUGCCCAGUAUAUUAAAAGCUACGAGGGAUUUGUCCAUGUUACGGGAGAACAUUUUCUGAAUUCCUGGGUCAGAAGAGAAUUACCUAUGGUGUCAGCUUACUGCAAUGAUAGUGUCUUUGCUAAUGAAGAGCUAAGGCUGGACACUUUUAAGGACUGGCCCCAAGAAUCACCCGUGGCUGUUGAAGAUCUGGUCAGAGCAGGCCUUUUCUACACAGGCAUAAGGGACAUGGUCCAGUGUUUCUCCUGUGGUGCAUAUAUGUGGAAAUGGGAGGAAGGUGACGACCCAUUAGAAGAUCACACCAGAUUUUAUCCCAACUGUGUCUUUCUGCAAAACCUAAAGUCCUCUACUGAAGUGAUUCCAGCCUUUCAGAGCGACUCUGCACUUCUGAAAGCCAUGGACAGCACAGGGGAAAGCGAUCAUGGGGACCCAGCGGCAGUUCACUCCACCAUAGCCGAUGAUGCUCCAAGUGAAGCCCAUGGAAGUGAAUGUCCAUCCAGUGGUUCCUCCCUUCUCUCCACAGACCUGGCUCACAGGGAAGCCCAGUGGUUUCAAGAGGCAAAGAGUCUGAGUGAGCAGCUGAGAGGAGCCUACACCAAAGCCACUUUCCGCCACAUGGAUUUGCCAGAGGUGUGUUCCAGCUUAGGCACUGACCACUUGCUUGGGUGUGAUCUGUCCAUCGUCUCAAAGCACAUCAGCAGGCCAGUGCAAGAGGCCAUGAUGCUUCCUGAGGUCUUCACCAACUUCAGCUCUGUCAUGUGUGUGGAGGGGGAGACCGGCAGUGGGAAGACAACCUUCCUGAAGAAAACAGCUUUCCUCUGGGCAUCAGGAUGCUGUCCCCUGCUGAACAGGUUCCAGCUGGUCUUCUACAUCUCCCUGAGGUCCACCAGACCAGACCAGGGGCUGGCCGACAUCAUCAAUGCCCAACUCCUAGAGGCAGGAGGAUACGUUAGUGACGUGUGCCUGAGCAGCAGCAUCCAGCAGCUAAGGCACCGGGUGCUGUUCCUGUUGGAUGACUACCGUGGGAUGGACUCACUGCCCCAAGCCAUACAAACACUGAUUACAAAAAACUACUUGUCACGAACCUGCCUAUUGAUCACUGUCCAUACAAACAGGGCCAGGGCCAUCCGCCCAUACCUAGACACAAUCCUAGAGAUCCAAGAGUUUCCUUUCUAUAAUACUGUCUCUGUACUAAGGAAGUUCUGCUCACAUGAUAUAACCCGUGUGGAAAAGUUAAUGGUAUACUUUGGAAUGAAUGUGGAUUUGCAGGGAAUUCACAAAACCCCCCUCUUCGUGGCAGCAGUCUGUACUGACUGGUUUAAAAAUCCUUCUGACCAGUCCUUACAUGAUGUGGCAGUUUUCAAGUUCUAUAUGAAAUACCUUUCCUCACAGCACAAGGCUACGCCUGAGCCUCUCAAGGCCACUGUGUCCUCGUGUGGUCAGCUGGCCUUGCGAGGGCUUUUCUCAUCUUGCUUUGAGUUCAGUAGUGAGGACCUCACAGAAGCAGGAGUCGAUGAAGAUGAAGAUCUGACCACCUGCCUGAUGAGUAAAUUCACAGCCCAGAGACUGAGCCCAGUCUAUCGGUUCCUAAGUCCUUUGUUCCAAGAAUUUCUUGCUGCCAUGAGGCUGACUGAACUCCUGAGUUCAGAAAGAAAGGAAGACCAAGAUCUGGGACUUGAUUAUUUGAGACAGAUUAACUCACCCUUGAAGGCUAUGGGUGUCUACAACAAUUUUUUGAAGUAUGUCUCCAGCCACCCUGCAUCAAAGGCAGCGCCAAUGGUUGUGUCUCACUUGCUUCAGUUGGUGGAUGAUAAAGAGUCGCUGGAGAACAUGUCUAAAAAUGAGCAUUAUGGGAAGCUCCACCAAAAAACUCUUCAGAUGAUGAAGUUAAUUAAAGAAAUGUGGCAGUUAUCUCCUGAAGCUUUUUCCUCAUUCAUCUCAGAACAUCUAUUGAGCGUUGCUCUAAACAUUGCUUAUGAAAGCAACACUGUCGCUGCAUGUUCUCCAAUUAUUUCACAGUUCCUUCGAGGGAGAACACUGGCUUUGAAUGUCCUGAAUUUCCAGUACUUUGAGGACAACCCAGAGAGCCUGCUACUGUUGAGGUGUGUAAACGUCUCCAUAAAUGGACAUAAAAUGCCACCAAGAGUCUUUAGUUACUCAGUCAUGGAAAAAUGUUUUGAAUCAUUACAGCUACCAACAGUAGAUGAGGACUACGCUCCUGCCUUUGAACAUAUGAAGGAAUGGGAGAAAAAUUUAGCUGAAAAUGAAGAUAAUGUGAGGAAUUUCAUGAACAGCCAACCUCUGCAUCCACCCAACAUCAGUGCUGGCUAUUGGAAACUGUCACCCAAGCAGUACAAGAUCCCUAGGCUGGAAGUUGCAGUGGCCAACAUGGAUCCCGCAGACCAAGCACUGCUCCAGUUCCUAAUGGAAGUCUUCUCAGCAUCACAGAAUAUCGAACUCCUUUUGAACCACAGCAAUGGCUUUCUUGAAAGCAUCCGCCCUGCUCUGGAGCUGCAGAAGUCCUCUGUCACCAAGUGCUCCAUGUGUGGACUGGAGCUCAGCGCAGCAGAACAGGAGCUGCUUCUUACCCUGCCUGCCCUGCAGUCUCUUGAGGUCUCAGGAACAAACCAGUUACCAGAUCAACUCUUCAGUAACUUGGACAAGUUCCCAAACCUGAAAGAACUCUCUGUGAGACUAACUGGCAAACCAGAUGUGCUUUCAGUCAUCCCUGGAGAUUUCCCAAGUCUCCACCACAUGGAGAAGUUAUGCAUCGAAACUUCCACAGAGUCUGACAUCUCCAAACUGGUUAAAUUGAUUCAGAACUCUCCAAAUCUUCAUGUUUUCCGUCUGAAAGAUACUUUCUUUUUGGAUUUUGAGUCUCUCAUGACUGCGCUUGCCUCCUGCAAGAAACUCAGAGAGAUUGAGUUUUCUGGACAACGCUUUGAAACCAUGCCAUUUGUCACUAUUUUGCCAAAGUUUGUUUCACUGAAGAUAUUAAAUCUUACAUGUCAACAAUUUCCAGAUAAGGAAACAUCAGAAAAGUUUGCCCAGGCUCUGGGUUCUCUCAGGAACCUGGAGGAACUGCUCCUUCCCACUGGGGACGGGAUCCAGCAAGUGGCCAGACUGAUUGUCCAGCAGUGUCUGCAGCUUCAGUGUCUCCGAGUUCUUGCCUUUCACCACACCUUGGAUGACGACAGUGUGAUGGAAAUCGCCAAGGGAGCGACCAGCGGAGCUUUCCAGAAACUUGAGAACUUAAAUCUUUCAAUGAAUCACAAGAUCACAGAGGAAGGGUACAGAAAUUUCUUUCAAACCCUGAACAACCUGCCAAACUUGAAAGUUCUGAGCAUCUGCAGGAGUCUCCCAGAACGCAUCCAAGUUCAGGCCACCACUGUCAAGGCUCUGAGUCAGUGUGUGUCCCGACUGCCCAGCCUCACCAGGCUGGAGAUGCUCAGUUGGCUCCUGGAUAAAGAGGAUCUGAGGGUGAUUAAUGCUGUGAAGGAAAGGCACCCUCAGUCCAAACGCUUGAUUGUCCUCUGGAAAUGGAUAGUGCCCUUCUCUCCUGUCAUCCAGAAGUAGCAGAUGGAGCUGAAGGCUACUGGCAGUUCUAAAUACCUAAUUUCCUAAUACAUUUUACUCUUGUUGAGUAUGGUGGUACACACCUGUACUAUCAUCUGAUGUGGGAUUCCCCUCUGUAUGCUGUGAAUAUGUUUUAUUACCAUUGGUUAAUAAAGAAGCUGCUUCCAGCCUAUUGCAGUGCAGAAUAGAGCAAGGCAGGAACUCUAAGCAGAGAUAGAGGAGAAAAGAAGGCAGAGUCAGAGAGACACCAUAUAGCUGCAGAAGGAAACAGAUGCCUAGGAACCUUACUAGGAAAACUACAGUCCCUGUAGUAAAAUACAAAAUAAUGGAAAUGGGUUAAUUUCAGAUAUAAGAGCCAGCUAGCAAUAUGCUUAAGUGAUUGGCUAAGCAGUGCUGUAAUUAAUAUAGUUUCUGUGCGAUUAUUUUGGGUCUGGGUGGCCAGGAAUGAACAGCCUCCACCUACUUUCACUUUUUGGGAGACUGAGGUGGGAGAAUCAAGAGAUUCAGGCCAGCCUUGGUUAUACAGGAAGAUCCUGUCUCAAAUCCAAAGGCAUAACUAUCAUAUUAAAUGUUAUUCAUUAGAUGUGUAGGCUGAUAUUUUUUUAAAGCUUCAUACUCAUCACUGAACAUAUGAUGCACUAUGAUGCGCAGUCCUUGCAUGGUCCUCCUGUCUAUUGAAAGUCUGAGGGCCCCACUGAGCUAUGACAAGCAGACCUUGGCAAUCCUUGUAUAGUCCUCCUGUCUAAAGACUAGAGCUAGUCAAGUUCAUUCCUAGAAUUGUACAUUGUCAAGGUCAACAAGAAAGGAUGGGGAAAGGAACAUGAUCUGUGUAAAAGUCACUAUGUGGAUGGAGUAUUUGAUGGAGGUAAGGAAUGUCCAGUUUAAGGAUGAGUCAGUCCCACACACGAUGAAGCACAAGACGACUCUUUUCAGAGAUGCUCUUCACUCUUCUCAGGGCUUCUGUGCACUCACCAGCCUCGGUGUGGCCUUGCUUGCUCACACCAUCUCUCAUCCAUGGCCAACGUGAGGAUGACUUUGGACCUAGAGAAAACUGCGUUUGUUCCAGAGACUUUUGAGUGUUUUGCAUGUACUGUAGUGGCCUUAAGUUUUUCUUUCUUUUUUCUUUUUGUUGUUUUGAGACAGGGUUUCACUAUGUAACUUUCAAUGACAUGGAACUGAAUACAUAGACCAGGUCUACCUGGAACUCACAGAACUCUGCCUGUCUUUGCUUCCUGAAUAUUGGGAUUUUUAAAACAAUAGUUAUAAAUACAUUAAGGAUUUCAUGGGUCUGUUAACUUGACUAUGAUAGUGAUUUAUCAUUUUAUGUUUAUAAGAAUCUCAUGUCUAUACUUGCAUUGGUUCAACUUAAAUACCAUGUGCUUUUAAUUUAUCUGUUAUAGCUCAAUAAACCUGGACAAAUAUUAUUUACAAACAGCUUUAUAUAUUUUUAAAGCUUUGGUUAUAUCUGGGUAGUGAUUUGGGAAGUAUUCUUACUUUUAAUUCUACCCAUUUCUGUGCUAUUAUUAUUUUACAAUUCAAUGUGUUAUUUUCAUGCUUAA